GGAGGGGAGCGGCGCCUCGGCGAGAGCCCACCAUGGUGCAGCAGGCGGAGAGUACGGAGGCGGAGAGCAACCUGCCCCGGGAAGCGAUGGACACCGAAGAGGGCGAGUUCAUGGCUUGCAGCCCCGUCGCUUUAGACGAGAGCGACCCGGACUGGUGCAAAACGGCGUCGGGGCACAUAAAGAGACCGAUGAACGCGUUCAUGGUGUGGUCUAAGAUCGAGCGGAGAAAAAUCAUGGAGCAGUCCCCGGACAUGCACAACGCGGAGAUCUCCAAGCGCCUGGGCAAGCGGUGGAAAAUGCUGAAGGACAGCGAGAAGAUCCCUUUCAUCCGGGAGGCGGAGAGGCUGCGGCUCAAGCACAUGGCUGAUUACCCCGACUACAAGUACCGUCCCAGGAAAAAGCCCAAAAUGGACCCGUCGGCCAAGCCCAACGCCAGCCAAAGUCCCGAGAAAAACGCGCCCGCCAGCAGCGGCGGCAGUAAGAGCGCCAAGAGCUCCAGCAAGAAGUGCAGCAAGCUGAAAUCCUCCUCCGGCUCCUCGCCGCCCAAGCCGGGAGCCAAAACCGCCCACCACGGGGACUACGCGGGGGACGAGUACGUCUUCGGCACCCUGAAAGUGAGCAGUAAGACGGUCAAGUGCGUCUUCAUGGACGAGGAGGAGGAUGAGGAGGACGACGAGGACGAGCUGCAGCUGCGGAUCAAGCAGGAGGCGGAGGAGGAGGACGAGGAUGAGGAGCCGGGGCCGCAGCAGCUGCGGCGGUACAACGUGGCCAAAGUGCCGGCCAGCCCCACCUUGAGCUCCUCGGCGGAGUCCACCGAGGGGGCCAGCCUGUACGAGGAGGUGCGGGGCGGCGCCGCGGCGGCGGGCGGCGGCAGCAGACUCUACUACAGCUUCAAGAACAUCACCAAGCAGGGCCCGCCGCCGCCGCAGCAGCCGCCCGGCCUCUCCCCGGCCUCCUCCCGGUCCAUCUCCACCUCGUCGGCCGGCAGCGAGGAGGCGGACGACCUGCUCUUCGACCUCAGCCUCAACUUCUCCCAGCACGGCCACGCCGCCGCCGAGCUGGGGGCGGGCGCCGCCGGCGGCAACCUCUCUCUCUCGCUGGUGGACAAGGACCUGGACUCCUUCAGCGAGGGCAGCCUUGGCUCCCACUUCGAGUUCCCCGACUACUGUACCCCGGAGCUGAGCGAGAUGAUCGCGGGCGACUGGCUGGAAGCGAACUUCUCCGACCUGGUGUUCACGUACUGAGCGGGGGCGGCGGCCAGGGCGGACGGCGAGAGCGGCGGAGCUGCAGCGGCGCGACGCCGGCGAUGAUGAUGAUGAUCAUGAUAAUGAUUAAAAAAUAAGUCUUGUUUUCUUUGAAAAAAAAAAAAAUCUCGAAGUUAGUUCCGAGCCCGGGAGUUGUGAUUUUUUUUUUUUUUUUACUUUUUUUUUUGUGUUUUUUUAAUUUUUAUUAUGUUUGGUGAUCACAACAACAACAGCAAAGGCAAAUGGGACUGGGGGAAAAAUGAUACAGAAGGCGCUGUUUGAAGCUUGUCGGUCUCUGAUUGAAGUCUGGAAGAUGGUCUGCAAAGAAGUCUUUUGGCAGCACAACUGUUACUCAAGGGGGUUUGUGGAUUUUUAUUUUUUUUUCCCGUGAGAGAUCUUAACGAACUGUUAUGAUUUUUUUUUUUUUUUCCGAAAGGGACCAUUGCAACUUUUUUUGGAGGGAGAAAACUGAUGUCUUCUAUGCAUCCGAUUCUUAUCAAAGCUGCAGGGAGCUUGAAAAAAUGCAGACUGUACAAACGCUUACAAAUAACUGAACUGACUUAAGAUCAGAGUUUACUUUUCAGAUCAAAUUGUUUAUGGUUUUACAAAUGUGAUUUCUACUUGCCAACUUUUUUUUUUUGUAACUUGUUCCCUUAUACCUCCUUGAUUGAAUACCAGACAGCCUAGACCUCAGUACAAAAAGGUAUUGAAACAUUUUUGAUACAUAACAGACCUCAGUCUUUUUUAAAAAUUAAUAUAUUUUCAGGCGUAUUUUUGUACAGUGAAAAGGGAACAUUCUUGCUGUGUUUUUUCAGUAAGACUUUUCAGGCACUUCUUCCCUUUUAUUUUCUUUGUUUUUCUCUGUUUUUAGCAUGCAAGUUUGUUGGUACGUUACGUCCUGGUUUUAAAAGGAUUAAAAUUUUAAAAAAUAAUCCUUGCAUCUAAAGGCCUUGUGGUUUAAAAAAAAAGAAACAAACACUUUUUUUGUACAGCUAUAGUUCAGAUUUGUUCAAUAUUUGUAGGUAAAGAUUUAUUGAAAAUGGUGAUAUAGACCUCAGAGCUGUUAUCUUAGUUUAAAAGAUUGUAUAUGUACUGUACUAUAGUAGGAUUUUAUGUAUCUCAUACGCUGUGAUAUGUGGAUGGGGCCCCAGAUGGAAGGUAUGAAACUGGAUUCUCGAUUUUAGCAAAAAAAAAAAAGAAAAAAGGCACAUAGUUUAAAAAGUUUCUCAUGUUGUGCAAUAUAAUCUAAAGUACAGACCAUCUGCAUAUUUUGUAGCAAAUGAUGGCAAAAGCAGACUUGUGCACUGUCAACAUCAUAGCCUGGUUUUUUUUUUUUUUUAAUGCUGAAAGUCUGUAUCUUUACAAUUUUAAUAAAUCAGCUGGAACUGAUAGAAACUCGUAUCGCAAUUAGUGUCUGUAGCAGGAGCGCUGGAGAUGCCGUGUUGUCACCGUGGCCCGCGGAGGAGCGGUAGCUGUAGGCUGUAGUGCAUGGUCAGAGCUA